GUCCACUGAUGUGAAUGCUCAUGGCAAUUUGUUCCAGCCUGCUACGUACCCAAGCUGGAUCUUUGAACAAGUCCAUAUGGCCUCAAUACCUCCUACACAUCUAAUUAGUAGAUGUAGGAUGUUUGGGGGCUGGUGAACUCUGUUUAAGAGAGGACUAGCAAGACACAACUCCUAAAGCAUAUCAGAUCUAAGCCGGUGCCGGACAUGGUGAUCUCUCAGCUCACUCCCGGGGCCAAUCGCACAGGAGACUUUGGAAUUACUCAGAAGACAAUUGUGGCUUGGCUACAAUGCAGACAACACGGUCGUGCUACGGCCAACUGGUCCUUCUGAUGGAGACCCCAAUGUCGACUCUGGCUGAUAGUAUCGCCUCACUCCACUCCAAUUUAUGACACCUCACCUGUUUUGACAAUAUGAACGCUCAAAUCGUUCAAUUUCUGGACGCCUUGUGGCUCCGAAUUCGGUGGAACCCCCCAUUGUGUUUGCGUCUUUCCGUUCUGUGCAACUCAAGCCCGUCCGCCGACGAGAACAGAACGAACCAGGACAGUCGACGUGUGUGAGGCAGCCACACCAGAAUCUCGGCUGUAACCACCUGGGCAGGCAGGAUGAAGUUCCUCUCGGAUUCUCGGAUUCUAUAGGACUCGCUCUUGCAAGCUUUGGCAAACCCUUCUGUUGCCGCGGGGAGAUUUGGAGCCCCGUCGGAUGGAAGGUGCACAUCGGGGGGUGGGUUGGACACACAGGAGGAAGGGGCAACCCCUGGUUGUCCCUCGUCAACUCGCGCUUUAAGGCUGCGAGAUUCCUGACACCCUCCAUUUUCACUUGGGCUCAGAACUCGUCCAUCCUCUAUGCAAUCCACCGGCACUGCGUUUGACCUGUCCCCGAGCGCUGAAGACUAUUUGGCCCUCAGUCCGCCGAUUUGAGGACCUUCAGACACUUACAUCACCACAUUCAGAUCAACGCCUUUACCUCGCUGCCACAGAUCCCCAUUCAACCUGGAGCCCCUGAGCACUUCACCCGUUCAUCAGCCAUGACGAUGCUAUCGGCCAUCACUGUGGGUCUGCGUGCCCUUCAGUUGAUCCUGGCAGCGGCCUUACUCGGUGUCUCCAUCAGCCUUCUAGCCCACGAGGCCUGUCAAACUGAAUCAGACUCGUUCCGUUUUUGCACCCCCACCCCGUCGAGCAAUGCAAAGAGUACGGUCAACUACGGCAUCUUCUUGGGGGUAUAUGGUAUUGUGAUCUCAGCCAUUGGAGCUUUGUUUCUCUUCGUGGAAAGGAUCCCCACCGCCAUUCCUCUCGCCGGAGACGGCCUUGGGACCUUAUUUUACCUGGCUGGAGGCGCCGCUUGGGUGGCCGCUUUCGGAAAGAUACGCUGCAACAACAUGAAGUUAGACUUUUUUGAUACUCCCGCGGGACUGCGGGAGAUGAACAAGUCAACUAGAGACCAGCUCGUGGGCAACUGCAGGCGGUGCGAGGCCGAGCAUGGUCUUGUAUGGGCCCUGUUCGCGUUGACGGCCAGCCUCGCCAUUUGCGACUACUUCCGGCGACGCGACCAGGCGAAAAGCCUUGGGUAG